AUGAUCAACUCACUUGCGGUUAAAAGCGACGAUGAAAAGGAACAUCCCACCAUGUUCGGCAUUAUCGAAGAAAAAAAUGUUGUUUUCGUAUUAGAUACAUCAGGAUCAAUGUAUUCUUACAUCAACUCUAUCAAAGAGCAUCUUAUAGAAGCAUUGCGAAUCCUGAGUUCAACUGAUUGUCUCUUCAAUAUUAUCGAAUUUUCCGCUGAUAUUAACAAGUUUGCUGAAUGGUUAAUACCCUGCAAUCAGAAAUCAUGGGAUGUAGCCAAGGCGUGGAUAACAGCUAUAACAUGUAAGACCACUACUAAUACUUUAGAAGCUGUUAAAGCAGCCUUUGAAGAUGAUCGUACACAAGCUGUAUAUUUAGUAUCGGAUGGAUCACCAAAUCAAGGCUCAGAUGAAGUAAUAGAAGCAGUUAAAAAGAUGAAAAAUAAAAAACCAAUUCACGCAUUUUACUUACCUUCAAAAACACAUAAUAAGAAAAGCGACAUGGAAAAAGCAUCAGAAUUUUUAUCUAAAUUAUCUCGUGCUACCAAAGGCUCUUUUCGUAUUGUAAUAUUUGGCGAUGAUAACCACAUCAAAUCUAUUAAGACUGUCUAUGCUGCACAGGCGUCAAGGGAAGAUCAAUCUACCAUUAGGCAUAUUAAAAGAGAUAAAAAUACUGUUCAUCCAAUAUGCAUAUUAUCGGUAAAUAUUCCUAUAUGUAUUGAUAAGAAUUCCUUCGAACCAAAAGCACCAGUCUCGCCUAAUAAACCUGUUAAAACGUCACUAAAGUUACGAAGAUCAAAGUUGAUUAUGGAAAUGGAAAAACAAGGUAGUGAUAUUAAUCAAGAUAAAGCUUACUUGGCUUCACAUGGUGUUCCACAGCUAAUUAGCUCAAAUACAGCUUCAAACGUCCCGUCCUCGAAUAUUUCAACACUUUUGCAAUCACAAGAGGUUGCUAAUUCAUACACUGUCAAUAGUGACUCUGUUACUCCUGGAUUGCAUUCAAAUAAUGCUUCUCAGCCAAAUUCCAGUUCUAAAACAAGAGAAACCAUUAGGGAAGAUUCAAACAUCGACGGCAUAAUAACCUCUGUUCGUCUGCAACCGGAAAAUUUGAGUACGAUAGCUGGAACGAUUUUACUAAACAAGAAAAUUUUGUGCCGUUCAUAUGCAGAUGGACAUUAUUACUUGGGAACUGUUAAGAAGCAGGUAAGCCAAGGACAGUUUUUGAUUGACUUAAUCUUACCCAAGAAGAAGAAAUUAAAAAGCGAGCAGGAAACUAAUAUAAAUGACAUUAUCGCUUUAAAUGAUGCUUGGCGGCACCCCAUCAAAUUGGGUGAUAAAGUUCUUGCACCUAGAAAACUCGGAAAGUACGAGUACGCUCCAGCUGUUGUCUUAGAGGGCAACGAUCCUAGAAUUCUUACUGGUAAAAUGUCCAAAUCUAUCGAACCAAUGAUAGUCGUGUUUUCGAGUGGUCUAACAAAGACUAUUGAUUCUAAUUCAGCCGUUUGGAUAUCAAAUGCUUUAUACGAACAAUUAUCAAUGGAUCAAUUGGUUCCAAAUCAUUUACGUGGAGAAAUGAAUAAAAUUAUUGCGGAUUCAACGGACUCAAAUAUUGCCAUGCAAAGGCCCGCUGACUUUGCUCCAUGCAAUACCUAUAAAUCGUUAUAUAAAGAUACUUAUGAAUUGAUGAGACCUAGCACUUCUCAUGAAAUCUAUAGUAAAAGACCUUUUCCUCCACCAGGAUCACAAAGUUUCCCUGACAUGACAUCCACUACGUAUUACGGUAGAUCACAAUCAACUACUCCUACAAAUCAUUUUAAUAUGAAUUCCUAUGCACAAGAUUUGUCUCCUCCAUCACGAGAUCUUCCUUAUCAUCAACUGACUUCUCGGAUUGACGAACAAAUUCAGACUAUCGAGCGCUAUCUAAAUGCGUUAGAUCCUACGGGAAGACGUGAAACUAAUUAUUAUAGUAGUGAAGAAGAAGAUGAUUUGAUUAGUUCUGACCCUGAUAUAUUGGAAACAAUGUAUGAUGAAUUAGGACUGAAUGAUGAUGAGGAAGUUAUACGUACUACGUCAACGUACUGCAAAACAAAACAGAAAAGCAAGACCAAGACUCAACGUCCUCCUUGGAGGUCUUGGUAUGCCGCACCUUCUGGCACGGGACCUACUGAACGAUAUCAGCCCAAAUUAUUAAAGGAACCUCGAGUUAACAUUCCACAGCCUAAAAGUAGAGGUAAUUUUUUGGAUCACAUACGAAUGGUAAAUCCGGAUUAUCCAAACUGGUGGAAAUAUCAGCAAAAAGAAAUACAACAACAGCGUAUAAAAUACGAAGCGCCUACAUUAGAAGACGGAUUAACUAACUUAAAGCACCAAAGGUAUCUUAAAAAAGAAGCGCAAAAGGUAGAGACUAAAAGGCUGCAGCAUGAACGACAGGUGCAGAAGGAAGUUGAACGUGAGCAAACACAACGAGCAGCGGAUGAACUCAGAAGAAAACAUAAAUUAGAGAAGAUGGCCGGCUUUGAGCAAUUCGAUAAACAACGUAAAAAAUAUUAUGAAGAAAUGAAAAAUCGACUGAUAGACCGCCGACGAAAAAAUUACAAUAAAAUAAGAGAUUUGGACGAUUCGCGCACAUUACAAAAGAAAGAAAAAGAAGCCAAAAGAUUGGAAUAUUUAAAACAGCAACGAAAUCAGAGAGAACAAUUGCAAAUACAACAGGAAAAUGAAAAAGUUCAAAGAGUUCAGGCUAUUGAGGAAAAUCGACUAAGGAGGCAAUAUCAACGUGAAAAGAUUGCAGAUGAACGGUAUAUUCAAGCAAAAGAACUGGAAUAUCAUAAAGCUUCAGCUAAACUGAAUGCUGAAGUUAGCCGAAGAAAGGAACUUAUAGUGAAUCGUUUAGCUGAUGAGGAACGUCGACGACAGAGAUUUGAUGUUAAACGAGAGAAAGCAAUAAAAAUUAAACUAGAACUUGGUUAUUAA